AUGAGUAGAGGUGGGAGCUAUGGCGGUGGACAAAGUUCAUUGGGUUACUUGUUUGGCUCAGAUGAGCAACAAAGCCCACCUCCGCCAUCUAAGCCGAUAACACCCCCUUACGGCAUCGAUAGCUUGGACACCGUCACUGAAAAGCCUCCAGGUACCCGUAACUCUGCUGAAAAAGAAAAGGCAGCAGUUUCCAAUAACUAUCACAGAGCUGAAGGCCAAAAUUCUGGGAACUUCUUAACUGAUCGUCCAACAACAAAAGUUAAUUCAGUUCCUGGGGGAGAUUCAUCACUUGGGUACUUGUUUGGAGACAAGUGA